AUGCAAGUACAGAUAAGAUUUAUCGGGGCGGUGGUUCUCCUGGGGCUGUCGUUGCUGGGCACCGCCCUGGCUGACAAGUCUGCCGGCUGUGGAAAGGACCCGACUAUGACCAAUAAACAGUACACGAUGACUGUGAACGGCAAGCAGCGGGAGUACAUCAUGAAGCUUCCCGAUCACUACGACAAGAACCGUCCUUACCGUCUUAUCUUUACAUGGCACCCGCGAGGCGGCAGCGCAACCAAGAUCGUACAGGGUGAAGACAUACACCACGGCGGUGCGCUUCCUUACUACGGGCUUCCUCCGCUAGCCAACAACAGCGCCAUUUUCGUUGUGCCCAACGGCCUCAACAACGGCUGGGCCAACUCGGGCGGGGAGGACCUUACCUUCUUCGACCAGAUGGUUAAGGCGGUGGAGGCCGACCUCUGCGUCGACACCACGCUGCGCUUUUCGACUGGAUUUAGCUAUGGCGCCGCCAUGUCGUAUGCGGUCGCCUGCGCCCGCCCUCAAGUGGUUCGCGCCGUUGCGAUCCUGUCCGGCGCUCAGCUUAGCGGCUGCUCCGGCGGAACUGAUCCAGUGCCGUACUACGGUCAACACGGCACGUCCGACUCGGUGCUGCAAACCUCGAUGGGAAGGUCACUGCGCGAUCAUUUCGUCAAAAACAAUGGCUGCACACCCGUUUCGCCCGAGCCAACGCCUAACAACGGAAAGUCGGUCAAAACCGUGUACCAAGGUUGCAAACAGGGAUACCCAGUUACUUGGGUCAUACACAAGGGAGAUCACAAUCCAUCUGAGACCGACCCCGGGUCGUCGACUCCGUUUGCACCUGGCAACACAUGGGAGUUUUUUUCACAGUUUACAUCAGUAUGA